AUGGCAGAAGCAGCUUCUCAUAUCCGGCGCAAGCCUCCACAACAUGGCCCCUACAUCCUCCGCAAGCUCGUCGCGAACCUGCCACUGUCUGCCGACGGAGACUCUGCUGAUGUGCGCAUAACCUGUGUCGAAGUAUGGAAUGGCAAUCUCUACGUGGGUACCUCCACAGCCGAGAUCAUCCACUUCGUUCUGCUUCCACCCGAGCCCGAUAAUCCCUCUGAAGAGCCCACCGCCAUCAUUGCCUCGCGCCUAGAACCUCCGCACAACGAUAGUAACGGGCCUGGCGUACAGCACAUCUUACUACUCCCCAGCAUCGGCAAGGCUUGCGUACUAUGCAACAAUACUCUUUCCAUAUACUCACUUCCUGAGCUCAGUCCCGACUCUUCCUUUAAGCCGAUAAGUUGUUUAUGGGUCGGAGGCGUGGAUCUAAACGAAGAUUUCGAUGCUUCGCCUGAUGAUGGUGUAGUCGUAGUCAUCGGACUGAAGAAAAGACUGCGGUUGGUGCAGAUAUCCGAGAACUCCCCUCCAAAAGCAAUCAAGGCAAUUGAAUAUGGCGGUUGCCUAGUUUCAGUGCGUCGAGACACCUUCUCGUGUGCUGCCGAUGCCCAUUCGUAUGCCCUCUUGGACGUCGUACAUCAGCAGAAGAUUGGUCUUUUCCCAAUCUCCUCCUUGGAUCCAGACGCUGGCGACGUCGGUGGCGCAGCUGAGCAUCUGGCGACCGUACCUAAUGCGCCCUCUAGAAGCGUCUCUAAUGCAAGUCCACACCCAAGAGGCCCUGAAGAGCAGCGUGGCCAUACCAGGAGUACAAGUUUGAAUGUUCUUGGCAUAGGCAGUCCCUCCUCUCGAACAGCGAGCCCACGUCCUGCAGUCCGGCGGCAUGGCUUUGAUGUGCCAGAGUCGCUUUCUCGUGAUCUAUCACCCGCUCCACCACGAUCACCGGGCCAUGCUCCAAUGGGUAGCGAGAGUUCAGAGCAAGCAUUUAGCCAUCCUCGCAGUGGGGCGACGUCGCCUGACAAACCAUUACCACCGCCUCCUCCAGGAGGGGACAGCGUACAAAUUGAGGAGUCUCCAUUACCACAGCCUCCGCAAUUUGUCCCUUUGAAACCUCAUGUCGCAUCACCGAACCCAAAUGAGUUCCUACUCACUGUCGGCACAACGCCUCUUGAUCAAGGCGUCGGUAUGUUUGUGAAUCUUGAUGGAGACAUGUGUAGAGGCAGCAUACAGUUUAGCAGUUAUCCCGACGCUAUCGCUGUGGAUGGCACCGGUAUAGAUCUAUCAGCAUCCAUGAGUCCAGAUAUGAACGCUGAUGAAGGCUACGUACUGGCGGCUGUACAUCAAGAGACGGAUGGUGGUAUGGCCUAUGGCGUUGAAAUUCAACGAUGGGAUGUUGAUCCGAGUGCUGGAGAAGUCGACAAAUACUGGCUUGACUUCGACCGACUUGGCUUACCAGGCCACAGCAAAGGUUCGCAUAUUCCAACACCUAUAGGUAUGCGAACUGUAAUACAGCCAUAUGACCUCAUUAUUCCAGAGGUCGGGGCAGCACUUACCAUGCAGCCAUUACAACUCAAGUCCUCUGGAAACGCGGUCGAAAAAGUCUCUGAAGCGGCAAAAGCUCAAAAGAGGGCAGACCGUGAGUUCGCCGAGCGCUUAUCAAAACUGCAGUCGCAGACCGUUGUCUGGACCGGUGAUCAGAUCUGGUGGACUGUACGCAACCCACUGGUGACUCGUCUAGACGCGCGAAUUGAGGAAGCUCAAUACGCUUUGACGGGAGACGGGACGCGCAUACAUCCCAACCGGGGUUUGUUGGAGAGACUCCUCGGCGAUAUACGGGGACAAGAACCUCGCAACGAGGCUGAAUAUCUUAGUCUGAUUUACAUUCGCCAGAAAGCCUCACUCUUGCUCUUCAUGGACGUCGUCCUACGUACGCAAGCGGACGGGAUUAUCCUCGAGAACGAAAAACGCAUUACUGAACAAGCACUCAUCGAAGGAGAGAUGGAUCCGCGAGUUGUUUUGAGCCUUAUGCCGAUUCUUAAUCAGGAGGUGGUCCAAGGAGCAGAAGGUAUCCAGAUAUAUGGCGGAAUAACAACGCUUGUUGAACAGUUCUUGUAUCAGAACGAUCUCUCGACUGUGUCGAAGAACGCUAGCGGACCCUUCCGCGACAACCUUCUCCAGUUCGUAAAGAGAUAUCUUCAAUUUUGGAGGAGAAGAAAGGGAAUGGCGAGUGUAACAAACGAUCCAUACGUAUUCAGAACUGUGGAUGCGGCGUUGCUCCAUAUCCUUCUACUACUGGAUCAGGGCAGUCCGAGGGGUACUUCCAGUCCCAGUCCUCACCGAACAGAACUCUAUGACUUGCUUGACAGAGAGGUAGAGUGCUUUGAUCGAGCUGUCGAAUUGUUGGAACAGUUCAAGCGUCUUUUCCUAUUAAGUCGACUGUACCAGGGCAAUUGCAAAGCCUCCGUCAAAGCAUCGAAGGUGCUCGCAACUUGGAAAAGGAUCAUAGAGGGCGAGGAAGACAAGGGCGGCGAACUUGUAGAUGGCGAGCAUAGGGUGCGAGACUACCUAACAAAAAUCCGGGACCAAGCUCUUGUCGAAGAGUAUGGAACAUGGCUUGCAAAUCGCAACCCAAAGCUUGGUGUCAAAGUCUUUGCAGAUGAUCAGAGUAGAGUCAAGUUCGAGCCUACUCGAGCUGUCGCUCUAUUGAAAGAGAAAGCUCCGGGUGCAGUCAAGGAGUAUCUGGAGUACCUCGUCUUCGACAUCAAAAAGCAUCCUCAAUAUGUUAAUGAACUUAUCGCUUUUUACCUCGAUACCGUCAUUACCGAGCUGGAAAGCAAACCAGAAUCACGAGCCACUUUAUCGCAAAGCUACGAAACAUAUCGUAUUCUAGAGCCGCCAAAACCAACAUAUUACUCCUUUAUCAUUGACAAUAGUCUCGAUGUUGAGUGGUGGAGUGCACGACUUCGCUUGCUCCAACUACUUGGGGACACGUCUUCUUACGACGUGGACGCCGUUCUGUCUCGUCUGCAGCCCUAUGAACAAGAGCUGGUAUCAGAGAUGAUAAUCCUAAACGGGCGACGGGAGAGACACGAAGAAGCACUGAAGUUGUUGACACACGGCCUAGGUGACUACAACACUGCAUUAAACUAUUGUUUAUACGGAUACGCAUCAAUACACCGACCCAUCACCGCCGGUGCUCCACCUGUUUCGCAGAACCAGAUACCCAUCCGCGCCGAACAGUCACGCAUGCUCGGCUUCCUUUUGCAGGAGUUUUUGAAGAUUGAGGAUCUUUCGCAGCGUGUAGAGCGCACAAGCGAACUUUUAGAGCGCUUCGGGGGUUGGCUCGAUGUUGCUGAUGUAUUGGCUAUCCUGCCCGACGAAUGGUCAGUUGAUGUAUUUUCGGGAUUCUUGGUACAAGCUUUAGGUCUUGGCGCUUGUGCACGCGAAGGCACAAGCAACGCUUCGGAUAUCAUCGCUAACGUCCUCACCAUCACUUCUCAAUCUCGAACAUCGUCAUCAUACCUCUCAAACACACUCUUGUAUUUGGAGUCGCUCAACACGAAGAUGCAGCGUCGUAUGCUCACCAAAGACGAGGAGGCUUCAGCGCAGAACGAAGACCUUGAAGUGCGACGUGAAGACCAGGAGAAGAUCAACAGGUUCAGCUCCUUACACCAGAAAGAAGAAAUUCUCGAAGAAGAGCUGCGUGCGAAAAUUAAGGAGAAGGAGGACCUUGAGGAAAUCUCAGGCGAGUUAGAGCUAGUCGAUGAGGAGGAAAAAGUACCAUACAAGGUCGGCGAUUGCUUCGUAUCAUUACCGCAGCCCCAGGUCCUUGAGCUCUUGAGCUCAUCAACAGAGACUAUCGAUGGCGAGGUAGAGGCUCUCAAGUCAAAGCUUGAAGGUAUCCAGGAAGAGAUGGGAGAGCUAAAGAAGGCGCUGUACGGACGUUUCGGUCGCAGCAUCAACCUCGAGACAUAACGUAAAAAUCUGCAUCAUACUCCAGUAUCUUCAAUAUACCGAAAGCGAGAAAAGAAGCAACUCUGUCCGAAUCCAACAUCUAUUCCGUAA